AAUGCCUUCACUGCCAGGAUCCAUCACAGAAAAUCCUGUCGACAUGGAUUUUAAAAAGGACGAUCCAGCUCAACAAUCUAAAAGAAAGAAAGAAUUGAACAACAGUAGGGAGAAUCAACAAGCUCCAAAAUAUGAUUGGUCUCAGACAGAAGAUAGUGUUAUUAUGGUAUUGAAGAUAGAAAACAUAACAAAUGAACUUUUAAGAGACAGUGAUGUUACAUUUGCAGAUAGUGAUGUGACAGUGAAACUUCCAGAUGGUAGAAAUUGGACAUGGCAGUUGUAUGGUGAAAUAUUUCGUGAAGACAGCCGUGUUAAAGUUAAAAAACGUAAAAUGAGUCUACAUAUGAAGAAAAAGAAGUCAGUCACAUGGUCAAAUCUUGAAAGUCUGGAUCAACCCACAGUAGAAGAACCUCUGCCAUCUCCAACAGAGAGCCUAGAACCAGCUUCAUCACCAAGUGUGAUGUCACAAGAUUCUGGUUCCCAGCUUCCCGCUUCAAGCAUUGCUGGUACCAAUCUUUCAGAGGAACCAAAUAUAACAACAGAUGACACAAGAAGUGAUGAUGUGGAAACAGAAAACAGUGAUUGUCCGAAAAAAGAAGAAGGUUUUUUACUAUUUGUUAAAUGAUGAUA